AGAGAGGGAGAGAGGAAGCAUGGGCAAAUAAAGGAGCCUUGGCCAGCUCCCCUUAAACGGACCCUAGAAAGUUACUAUUGGCAUCGGGGCAUUUGGGGGGUGGCGAUCAGUAGCAAGUGAAGAACUGUGAGGGAAAUUGUAAUUAAAGGACAAUAACGGCGCUGCCUCCGUUUCUUCCCUUUCUUCGAAUGUCUUCUCCUGCAACUCUCGCCUCUAAUUAUUCAGACUUUGAGUAGACUACCUACCAUGUAGCCCGGUCCUCUCAGCUCAGAAAAAGAACAGCUCAUCCUUUCAUCACCCCACUCCUGUUACCACCUCACUCCAAAGCAACAAACAUUCCUAUAGGGGCCGGCAUACUUAACGUCGCGCUGCGAAACAUUCUUCACACGCAACACCAUUUGUAUCAUAGUGCCCACCUUCCCGCCUCUAGUUCUCUAGCCCGCAAGGAUUCUCCGGGCUAGAGCGGGCGUGCGGACGUAUCCAUGCGUGCCAUUUUCUCUGCCACUAGCACUCACCCCUCGGAUCCCGCUGCAGACACGUCUCCGUCCACGUCGCAAGGUUCGCCGCCACCACCUCCUCCUGCACCGCCCUCUCUAUCCAUCUCUACCCCGGAUGAGUCGGCAGCACCACGCAGGAUCAAGUCGAAAUCCUCACUACGAAGCCUCCGAAGUAUCGGUAGCAGCAGUUUACACGAAGACGAUUUUGACGAUACCCAGUCCGAUAAGUCGCUCAUCCGCCCGAACAUCCUCCGUCGCCUGUCGCCCGGUUUAGCGGCACGCGUGAAGCUACUUGACGGCAGCGCCAAAACAGCAGCUUCUUCUCGCAACUCCGGAGCAGUCGGUCGGAUUCCAGAGGAGCAAAUCAAGGAGUUGGAUAGUCUACAUCACAAGAGUCCUUCGAUUAAAGUCGAGAAGAAGGGUCGCGCUUGGAAUGGGGUAACUUUUGUCAGCAAAAGUCAAAAACAUCAACAACAGCAACUACAACCGGACGUACCUGAACCACAGCCGGUCGCUGACCCAACCCUUGGGUUAGAUCAGGACGCCCCCGCCCCCGACCAUACCGAAACAAAGGAAGAAGAGGUGGAAGAUACGCCAACAGCGAUGUCUGUCGUUGAGUCAGCCCCAGCACCGCUGGGCCCCGAGAUAACUGGUUCUAACGUGGAAGAUCAGACCGAGGCCCAGACAGACUUCGAAAAGUACAUCCAGAAAACCAGCGAGCUCGAAGAAACCGGCGCCCCUCCCCCGCCCCCGAAAGACUCCCCUCCUCAAUCGAUCACAUCGUCGAACAACCAGUCCUAUUUCAAUCCUCGUGGUCUACAACGCACAGAAUCGAUAUACUCUUUCUCCCGAUCCUCUUUUAGCAAUCAGAUAUCUCAGCUCACGUCCAUCGCCCUUCCGCAGCCGUCGUCGCUUGAAGCUAGCAUCAGCUCAAUCUCGAACGCCCCCGCUGCAGUAAAAGCCCUGACUAGUGCCGCAGAACAAAUUCAGAUAUGGAUCAGGAAGGCAUCAGGUGUCCUCAGCGGAUUGGAUGCGGAAGAUGAUGUCGAAUGGGCCGCGGCUGGUGGACGAGAAGGUCUCGAUGGUGUGGACAAGUCUAUCACAAAGUUUGAGAGUCUAGUGAAUGUCUACGUCAAAGCCAUCGAAGAUGUGCAAGUGCGUGGCGACAUCGCUAAUGUCAGCGCCGAGGCCUUGGAGACGAUCGUCACCCAGAUGGACACUAUUUUACAAAGUUGGGCCCAGAUAAAAUCCCGACUUCGAGCAGUCAAGGGACAAGUGGAAUUGGCUAUGGAAUGGGAAGAACUAUGGAACAGUGUUUUAGGCGACGUGGGCGAGGAAGUCGAGGAGUUGGAAGGGCUGGUCUUCGAGAUGGAGGCCAAGCGACACUUCAAUCUGGCGCAAGAAUCUACUGGGAUGGAUAUCAACGAGCUGGAGACGAUUGUGGAAGAAACACCGUCUGGUGGACUAAUGCCUUCGAACAAGCGAUCCAGUGUGGGUUCAAUAUUUCCUGCACCGCCUGCGUUAGACAAGCCGAUUAUCCAAACACCGCAGGAUGACACAAACCAUUCCAACCUUGUUGAACUAUACGCCCGUCUCCAGCCGUUGCGCGCAUCGCUUGAUUUCCUGCCCAUGAGGCUUUCCAUGUUCCAAUCACGCGCUGAGCGCCUAUUUCCUUCUGCUUGUGAAGAAUUGGCAGGGCGAUGUGACGAUCUUGAAAAGAGCUACAGGAACCUCCAAGCAGAUGCUGAUUCACUACGCAAGGAACUGGAAGAAGAUCGGUGGGUCAUUGUUUUCCGAAAUGCCGGAUCUCAAGCGCAAAAAAUGUUUGAGUCUGUUGAGCGAAGUAUUUCGAAGCUGCAAGAAGGUCUUGAGACGGGCAUGCAUUUGCAUAACCCCGCCGGAAUGACGAGUCGGAUUGAGAGCUAUGAAGCCAAGAAGCAGCACUAUCUUCCUGCUAUUGAGCGAGUUGUUACAAUUACCCAGAAAGGUGUCAGUGACCGACUUACUGUCAAUGGGGAGAUUUUGCGACUGCUGGCAGAAAUGCAAUCCAAGGUCGAUGCACUGAGAGCCAGCAUCAAGGUUAUGGACUCGUCCUUAGAGGACAUUCAAGAUUUGAGAACACAACAUCUGCGUGAUUCCAUUUCAACAGUUGUCACAAUGGAUAGCCCAGCAACGGGAAGCCUCGUUGACACGCCCGGCAGCUCACCGGCAUCGUCUGUCAUAAUGACGCCUGCAAACAAGUCGACAGCACCGUUCGGAUCCUCUAGUCGUCGCGGUAGUUCCGUUGGCUCUACUGCUCGAACGUCGACUGGUCGCCGAGUUUCAGGGCUACCGCAGCUGUCGUCUAACCUGAAGUCAAGGCAGUCUAGCAUCCCCAAGACCACUCUGACGGCUCCUUCACCGACGCCAACAGCACGGAAGACUCCGCAACCCGUACUCUCACCGGCCAUGCUUAACCGACCGCGAUGGAAUAGCAGCACGAACACAACUGAUCUGGAUGUCGGGCAUAAGCAUAAGGGCUGGUCCCCAUCUCUGCGCAAGUCUUCAGGGCCUCCUCGCCCCUCGCGCCCAUCUUCGACAAUCCCGCCGCGGGACGUAUCUGCGUCCCCCGUACCAAGAACUUCGAGUCGCCUGUCUAGUCGUUUGGCCUCGCGCAGUCCCGGACGCACUGCAUCGCCGUCGUUUGGUCGUUCGCUCCUGGAUCCUCCCCCCUAUAGCAAACUUCAGCGCCCUUCUGGAGCCGAGAACAUGCCCAACACACCCCGAAGCCGACAAAGCUUUGCAGGUAUGUCCUUUAGUCGCAGCGUCUCACAGGACCAGGAUCGAAAUCAAGAUAGCCCUUCAAAAACGACACGUCCCGGAACAGCGCUCGGACACUCAGGCAGCCGGCGCAUCAGCCUGCUUCCUUUGCCACGGAACCGUAAAGACAAUACCCCGACGACGCGAAGCAAACUCGCGGAACGACCCCCAUGGCGAGGUUGAUUUUUUCUUUCUUCUUCUUCGAAGGAAAGUGAGCGUCAUCUACCGUGUUGUCACUCAUCGUUCUCUCAAUACUCUGUUUACCUUCGUCACUUGUAUUAUCUCAUGGUCCUGUUCCAGUUGCCAGAUUGUUUGAUUGAUGAUUCCCCUUUCGCAGAGAUACCUACCUGUUGAUUUAGCGCAAUGUAUAAAAUUAUAUCAUAUCAUAUCAUAUCAGGUGUAUGGAGUUAUUCUCUCUCAAUGGCUCAAAAGUAUCCAUGAGUCUAAUCUAAGCUGUCUCUGUCUCUGUUUUAUCUUCUGCUACUAAAUCUUUCCCGAUAAUCAACGCAGCAACCAGUUCCUCGCU